CGGUUUGUGGACUUCGACCUCCGACGCACGUGGGAUAGAAAACAAGAGAGAUUAUGGAUGUUGCUUUUGAAGACGGUAUUACCAUUAACAAAGCCUACGCCGCCAAGUACGAGGCGAAAAAGCGGGCAGAGGAACUCUCGAAGCUGCGGGACCAAUACGGAGACGUACCGCUGGAAGCGUCGGAAUCCAGCAGUUCGGAGGAGGAGGAGGAUGAGGAUGCGGAGAUGCUGACAGCUGAUGUGGAGAAAGACUUCCUUCGAACACUGUCUCUGAUUCACAGCAGAGAUCCCAGAAUCUACGACAACAAGACCCAGUUUUUCAGGAAAGACGGUAAGUACAGUACACUGUUUGGUGUAAAUUUUUCAUGGGGAGAAAAUAAUUUUACCCUAAACACGAAAAUUAAUUUAGGUAUAGCCAAUCAAAAUAGUGAACUCAGAGUUGAAUCUAGCUGUUGGUUUCCUGCUGAUGUGUGUUGUACUUCGCUGAACUAGAGAAUAAAGAGCAGAGGGAAAGAAAGGAGGAGAAGAAGGAGAAUAAACCAAUGUUUCUGAAGGACUAUGAGAGGAAGCAGUGUUGGAGAGAGGACCCCCCGUUAUGGACGGAAGGAGGCGACAAGGGACGGGAGGAGGAGGAAGA